AUGGCACCCCCACGCAAGGCCUUGAUUGCUAUCACUUCCGCUCAUGCGCCGCUCUACCCAGACGGCAAGGAGACAGGUCUAUUCAUCACUGAGGCCCUUCAUCCAUUCAAUGUCUUCAAAAAAGCAGGCUUCGAGGUCGACCUCGUCUCCGAGACUGGUACUUACCAACCGGAUUGGUUGUCUCAGCAGAAAGACUGGCUUCCAGACGAGGAUCGUGCCGUCUGGGAAGAUCACUCGAGUGAAUUCCGUUCCAAGCUUGAUAAAUUGCUGAAGCCAAGCGACAUCAAAGCGGAUAACUACGGCCUUUUCUUCGCUUCCGCUGGCCAUGCGUCGCUGAUUGAUUACCCUGAUGCCAAGGGUCUGCAGUCAAUUGCUGCUAAGGUGUAUACUGACGGUGGCAUUGUAUCUGCUGUGUAUGGAGUUCCUUCUAUUACCCCCUCAAAUGACGGUGACACUAUACUAAUUACAUCCCACAGUUGCCAUGGAGGAGCCAUCUUCCCCGGCAUUAUUGACCCCUCCACCGGAAAGUCUGUCAUUUCCGGUCGCAAGGUAACUGGCUUCACCACCCGUGGUGAAGAGGAAGAAGGUGUCCUGGACACCAUUAAGAGCUGGAAAAGACCUACCAUUGAGGCUUCUGCAGCUGACUCUGGAGCAACCUAUGUCUCUCCCGCUGGACCUUGGGAUGCUUUCACCAUCACGGACGGACCUAUUGUCACCGGUGCGAACCCUGCCAGUGCUCAUGUUACUGCUGAGGCUGCGGUCAAGGCUUUUGAUGCGCUUUAA